CCAAACCAAAUAUUCUAAGCUCUGCCUCUGUUGCACCUAACAAUUCCCAAGAGAACAAUCGUGAUUUUGUUUGUCAAAUCUAUGACAAAUAAGGUCACAAUGCCCUCCGUUGCUGGCAUAGGUUUAAUCAUGACAAUUUACCAAAGAUAUAUGCAGCUCUUCAUUUUGAUUCAGAUGCCAAUGAUGAAGAAUAGACGUUGGACACAGGGGCUUCAGCUCAUAUGACUUCUCAAGAAGACUGCGAUAUGUGGCAAAAUGAUCCUUUUCUCCUCUGCUAUGACUGCAAUCCAGCAAGGUGUGUCCUGGACAACAUCAAGAAUGACUGGAAGAGGAUUGACAUCAUCAACAUCAUUGCCCUUAUCUUCCUCAUCAUUGUUUACUCCAUCAGAUGCUAUGCCUUCAGGAACAACACGCUGCAAAAUACUCAGGACAUAUGGAAGGUAUUCCAUUUGAGGGCUGCUGGUUUUGAUGAGGUUUCCCUUCAGUUGCCACAAGUUUUUGAUUCUUCUCUUUGUACAUGUUGGGUGCUAGCAACUUGUCUACUAAGGUUAUCUUAGGACGUUUUCUGGUUUCUGCCAUGUUUCAUAUUUUUCAUGUUAUGUUAGCCGGUAUCAUUAAUUAGAUAUUUACAUUC